AUGACGAUCGCCAAUUUCCUUCUAAACACUGGUCGCCUUUCACCAGCCAUUGAGUUGUGUAAGGAAUGUCUGAGUUUACUAGACAGUCGGGCGCUUGAUGAGAUUGGAGAUGCAGUGGAUUACCGAAUCCUUGGAACUCUGCACCAAUCCGUUGGUGAUUAUAACAAGGCUCAAGAAUAUUACAAGAAAGCACUUGCUAUCACAAUGGAAAUUGGUGACAGAGGGGGAGAAGCAGUGAAUCACGGAAAUCUAGGAACAAUGUUCCAAUCGCUUGGUAAUUAUAAAAAGGCACAAGAACAUUACAUGAAAGCACUUUCCAUCAGAACACAAAUUGGUGACAGAAAGGGAGAAGCAGUGGUUUACAGAAACUUAGGAACCUUGUUCCAAUCGCUUGGUAGUUAUAACAAGGCACAAGAAUAUUACAAGAAGGCACUUGCUAUCACACUAGAAAUAAGUGACAGAGAAGGAGAAGCAGUGGGUUACGUAAAUCUAGGAACACUGUUCCAAUCACUUGGUAAUUAUAACAAGACACAAGAAUAUUACAUGAAAGCACUUUCCAUCAGAACACAAAUUGGUGACAGAAAGGGAGAAGCAGUGGUUUACAGAAACUUAGGAACCUUGUUCCAAUCGCUUGGUAAUAAUAACAAGGCACAAGAAUAUUACAAGAAGGCACUUGCUAUCACACUAGAAAUUGGUGACAAAGGGGGAGAAGCAGCGGAUUACGGAAAUCUAGGAACAAUGUUCCAAUCACUUGGUAAUUAUAAAAAGGCACAAGAAUAUUACAAGAAAGCACUUGAAAUCACACUGGAAAUUGAUGACAAAGGGGGAGAAGCACUGGCUUACGGAGACCUAGGAACAGUAUUCCAAUCGCUUGGUAAUUAUAACCAGGCGCAAGGAUAUCACGAAAAAGCACUUGCUAUCAGACUGGAAAUUGGUGACAGAAAAGGAGAAGCAGCGCAAUACGGAAACCUAGGAACAGUGUUCCAAUCGCUUGGUAAUUAUAACAAGGCGCAAGAAUAUCACGAGAAAGCACUUGCUAUCAGACUGGAAAUUGGUGACAGAAAAGGAGAAGCAGCGCAAUACGGAAACCUAGGAACAGUGUUCCAAUCGCUUGGUAAUUAUACCAAGGCACAAGAAUAUUAUAAGAAAGCACUUGUCAUCAGAAUGGAAAUUGGUGACAGAAAGGGAGAAGCAGUGGAUUACGGAAAUCUUGGAACGGUGUUCCAAUCGCUUGGUAAUUAUUACAAGGCACAAGAAUAUUACAAGAAAGCACUUUCUAUCAGACUGGAAAUUGGUCACAGAAAAGGAGAAGCAGCGGAUUACGGAAAUCUAGGAACAGUGUUCCAAUCGCUUGGUAAUUAUAAAAAGGCACAAGAAUAUUACAUGAAAGCACUUGCUAUCGGACUGGAAAUUGGUGACAGAAAAGGAGAAGCAGCGGAUUACGGAAACCUAGGAACCGUGUUUCAGUUGCUCGGUAAUUAUGCCCAGGCCCAGGAAUAUUACAAGAAAGCACUUGCUAUCACAAUGGAAAUUGGUGACAAAGGGGGAGAAGCAGCGGAUUACGGAAAUUUGGGGGUAUGUUUCCAAUCACUUGGCGUAUAUAACGUGGCCGAAAAAUACAUCAAGAGGGCCAUAUUAAUAAGCAAGAAUAUUGGACACAACUUUAAUGAAUUUAGCUGCCUUUGUCAACUAGCGCAGUUGAAGCUAUCACAAUUUAAUCUCAAAGAAGCCAUAUCAUAUCUUUUUCAGUGCAUUGGAAAAUUCGAUACGUUGCGAGGUUUCCAUAAAGAUAACGAUCAGUUUAAGACUUCUCUUUUAGAGAAGCACGGCAAUUUUCCAUACAAGUUGCUCAGCAAAUUGCUUUCUUCUACCGGAAAGACAAGAGAUGCUCUUUAUGUUGAGGAGCUGAGACGGGCAAGAGGCCUCGCCGACUUCAUGGCAGCCAAAUACUCUGUUGAAGAGUUGAUCUCAGGCAACCCACAGUCAUGGCAUGGCAUUCAAACCAUCAUUACAAAAGAAACAAACUGUACAUGUCUUUACAUUUCAGUUGAAAAAGAACACGCACGGUACUGGAUUCUCAAAGCAUCAGGAGCCAUUCAUUUCUCACGAAAGAAAGUGAGUCUGGAGAAACGUGUGGUGACCAGAUUAGUUCCUGAUUUGGAUCAGUAUUUCACAGAAAGCUUUCGCAGCCUUGGCAUUCUACUCCAACAGAAUUGCGAAGAUCGUUCAUUAGAUGACACCGAAUCAAUGCUACCUCACUAUGACCAUGACAAUCGCGGGCUCAUGCGUGAUUUUGAUCCGAAAGAUUUUAAAACGAAUCUUCAGUCGUGUUACGAGAUAAUUAUCGCUCCCGUGGCCCAUUUACUGAAGGAGCCCGAGAUUUUAAUUGUCCCUGAAUCCUGUAUGUACCAAGUCCCAUUUGCAGCCAUCAGUGAUGAUGGAGGAACAUAUUUAGUGGAUACCUUCAGGAUCCGUGUCGUUCCCUCUCUGACGACUCUAAAGCUGAUUCGGGACAGUUCCCCAGACUAUCACAGUCAGAGAGGAGCACUGAUAGUGGGUGAUCCUAAGGUUGGCGAGGUGCUUUUGAAAGGAAAACGCAGGAUCAUAACAUCAUUGCCAUGUGCAAGAAAGGAAGCAGAGAUGAUUGGACGACUUCUUGGAGUGACACCUUUGACUGGAGACCGUGCAACAAAGGAGGUAGUUCUUGGCGCAAUAAAUUCAGCAAGUCUGAUUCACUUUGCUGCCCACGGUGAUGCAGAAAGAGGAGAGAUUGCUCUUUCUCCUAAUUGCCCCACCGACUUCAUUCCACAAGACGAAAACUUCCUUUUGACCAUGGCGGACAUUUCACAAGUUCGGCUGCGAGCUAAACUGGUGGUACUUAGCUGUUGUCACAGUGCACGUGGGAAGAUUAAAGCCGAGGGAAUUAUUGGAAUCGCUCGAGCGUUCUUAGGAUCUGGUGCUCGUUCAGUGUUGGCGGCACGGUGGGCCAUAGAAGACACAGCCACGGAGGAAUUCAUGAGAUGUUUCUACCAAAACUUGUUCCGCGGUAAAAGUGCAAGUGAAUCCCUUCACGAGGCCAGGAAAUGGUUAAGAAAGAACGGCUUCGAAAAAGUUUCUCAGUGGGCUCCGUUCAUGCUUAUUGGCGAUAACGUGACAUUUGAUUUUGAAAACUGGCCAGUGUCUAAAACAUCCAAACAGCCAUGA